AUUAGAGCUAUCCCGAAGUGUUGUAUACACCUCGGCUACUACCUAGGUACAUCGAGAGACCUCAUAUACAAACCAGUGAAAUGACUGGUCCGUCCAUCGCACAUACUUCCGGUAUCUACUCCGUAUACUCCGUAUACCUAGGUAUCUCUCUCUAGCUACUCUCCAAUAGCGGGUCAUGGUGCGAAUAUACCCCCACGGAGACGAAUAUAAAACGCUCCAAACGCCUCAGGUUGCAAAUAGUCAUUACGUUCAAUCAUUUUCUUUUCACUAAAAGACCUCAAGAUGUCUCACCUCCAGAAUUCAAAUCUCUUCGACAUCAAGGGCCUCGUUGCAGUCGUAACCGGAGGCGGAAGUGACACACCUAGUCUUGUUGUACCUAGUGUCAGAAAAUACCCUACCAGAUUCUAUAUAUAUCCACAAACGGGGCCUCCAAAGUCUUCAUCAUCGGCCGUCGUGAACAGCGGCACUCUGGGCCCUCUGGCCCGCAUACCAGGCGACAACAACAACAACAACAACAACAACAACAACAACAACCCCGACGGACCCAAGCCCAGUAUCUCAGCCGUGCGGGAUGCGCUGUGGUCCGUGCCCAUGGCGGACUUCUCGCGCGUCUUCGAAGUCAACGCAUCCGGAGCGUAUUACACGGUGAUUGCGUUUCUGACGCUGCUGGACGCAGCCAACAAGCGACGCGCGCGACCAGAGCACAAUCGUCUCGCGACCCCCGUGGCGCAGGUGGUGGUUGUUUCCUCCAUUGCGGGCUUCAUGAGGCGCGUCCCCCUGAGCUUUGCGUAUAGCCUGUCCAAGGCUGCCGCGAAUCAUCUGGUGAAGGUGCUGGCUACUGCUCUGGCUCCGUACCUGAUCCGGGUGAAUGGCAUUGCGCCGGGGCUAUUCUAUUCGGAGUUGUCGUCGAAUGACUUUUCCCCGGGGGAGUGCGCGGUCUCGGACGGGUCGUUCCCGCCGCAGCAGAUUCCCAUUACGCGGGCUGGUGGGGAGGAAGAUAUUGCGGGGUUGCUGCUUUGGAUGGCGGGGGCGUCUGGAGGGUAUCUCAAUGGGAAUAUUACGGUUCUUGAUGGGGGAAGACUGGGUGUAGCGCCGUCUGCUUAUUAG